AUGUUUGAGUGCAAUUUUAAUCCUUGUACUGCGGCUUGGAAAGACGAUCACUUAGCUCGGUUAGUCCUAAGCCAUCUUAGGGCCACACAUGGUAUUAGAAGUAUAAAAUCUAUCAAUGCCAACCAAAGAAUAAAGAGUAAGACAAUUGAUGAUUAUACCGGCAAGACUGUGCCCAAAGAGUUUAUUCAUUUGUUAAACUGGACACGCGAAACCCGAAAAGUCCUUUUAUACUUUUGUUUAAACAAUGUGCCUUACACUGAUAUAUAUGAUCCCUUGUUCAAACAUUUCAAAGAAAAUAGAGCCAAUAACGUUCCUGCUUUGAAACAACGAAUUGAAGUUCUUGAUCGCGCAAUAGUUGAGCGGCUAAAAGCAAUAUUUAAAACAAAGUAA